UCAUUUCAUUCAUAGAAAUCCUAUUAACGAUACGACUUAUAUCGAAGUCUAUGCCAUCUGCCAGAAAACUCUGUCAAGUUGUUUCGGAAUAAUAUGCUCAAAGUAGUACGAGAAAAAUAUUGGGGAUCAAAGAUACAUCAUUUACGAAAUUCAUUCUGAAGUUGUUAUAUUUUUUAUCCACACAUAAAGAAUUACAAUUUCAUCCAUGCUAUAUGCAAUACGCCAUAUUAUUUACGUUAUUGUAAAAGUUGCCCAUCAAUACUUAUGUUUUCUACAUCCUGCCACUGCAGUUUGUACAUAAAAGUUAUAUGCAUGUUUUAAAAUAAUGAGCAUAAUUGUUUAAUUUCUAUUUUUGCCAAUGUUAGAAUGCUGGUGUACAAUAGAGCCUAACAGAGGACGCCUUUAACAUGGAGUUUAUCCUUAAGUACGAAUUAUGGAGUGAACACCAAUCCUGUGUUUCAACGUGGGGUCAUGUAAUCUUUACACGAAAUUUGAACCGGCGGUUGAUAACAAUAAUUCUCGUCAUACUUCUUUCUGGAAUUCUGGACAAGUCAUAUCAAUUGUUGUGGGCGUCUAAAGACGAUCAUCGGACAUAAAUAAAGAUGACAACGAGAUCGUUAGCUCUGCUGCUGUUGGGACUUGUACAAGUAUCCCUCAUUGUAGUGAUUGUAGAAUCACGAACAGCGUCGACAGUAACUUGUGGAAGCGUGUUCAAAUUAACUAAUAACGCAUUUAAAAUUAGGCUACAUAGCCACGACAUUAAAUAUGGGAGUGGGAGUGGUCAGCAAAGUGUGACCGGUACAGAUAUUAAGGACGAUGUCAACUCAAACUGGGUGGUGAAAGGAACAAAUAAGAGUCCAUGUACAAGGGGCGAACCAGUUCAAUGUGGUCAGAAACUUAGGUUAGAACAUUUGCAAACGGGAAAGAAUUUACAUUCUCACUUGUUUCAAUCUCCAUUAUCUGGUCACCAGGAGAUUUCAGCGUUUGGCGAGGAGGGCGAAGGGGACUCGGGAGAUAAUUGGGAAAUAGUAUGCCGAGGAGACAUCUGGGACAGAGAUGAAACGGUUCAGUUUCGGCAUCUCGACACAAGUGCAUACUUAUCCGCAAGCGGAAACACAUUUGGGAGGCCGAUUCAUGGACAAAUGGAAAUUGUGGGUUUGAGUCACUCGGACUCAUCAAGUUACUGGAGUACUGCGGAAGGAAUUUUUAUGCAUGCCAAUGAAAUGGGUUCAAAACAUGUAGAACACGAACAUACCGAAUUAUAAUUGUUAGCAAUUAGAAUUAAAUAUUUUGAUAAAUUGUUAAUUUAUUAAAAUUAAAACGAGAAACAGAACCGCUUUAUACCAAACUACACGUUACGUUAAACGUUAUCUAUUUCAAGUAUUGUGUAGCCUAUUAUGUUUCGUAUUGUGAUAUAUUUACCAAGUUUUCCAUUAAAGUUGCUGAUUGUAUUGUAAAA